UAGCAUUCACCCUGUUGUAACACUCAUAAGUAGCGUUCCAGUUCAUGAUAAGAGCGUCCCUAACGCUCUGUGCAGUGGGCGAAGAAACCCUUAGGCAACUCAAACUUCUCAGGAGAAAUGAAGGAGUGUCCGGUUCCAGAGGGUAUUGAUGCUCAUCGUGUACGACCGAGUAUAGAAGGAGGGUUCAAGGAACUAGGCUACUCUGGUCCUGUCUCAAUCACAGCCUAUGGAGACCAAAAACAAACCCCUGAAUACCUCCUACGAGCUCUCUCUUCCACUGGAGUCGCUGUGGUACAUGUCAGAUCUGGAGGUUAUACGCCCUCAGCCUACAGAACUCAUAUCAGCAACGAAUAAGUGGGGAAAAAACUACGCUGAGAGACGCCUGAAUAUGCUACAGCUAAAAUCCAUGUGUGGUGGGACAUGUUUGACUGUCCUAUUCCCGACGGUUAUGAUGCUCGUCUGGUCCGUCCUAGUUUGGAAGGAGCUUUCAAGGAACUAGGCUACUCUGGUCCUGUCUCCAUCACUGCCUUUGGCGACCAUACACAAACCCCUAAACGCCACCUUCAAACCCUCUCUUCCACUGGAAUCGAUGUUGCACAUGCCACUCUUGGAGUCAUAUCUUCUCGCAUCUUUGAUGAUUUGAUGGAAUGGCGAGGUCGUAUUACUACUCCGGCUACAAUGAUGAUCAUAUCGGAUGGGGUUGAAGAACUUAUUGCCAAGCUACAACAACGAAUCAAAUUCAACCUGUUUUGGGCUUAUUCUUGUAGGCCUUGGACAAUGUCAGUCGUGCUCACUUCUGCUGAGUGGCUCUGGGAUAGCUUACUUGCAGUUUCAGCGACAAAACGACAUGUUCUUCGGGACUGUAGUGCAAGUGUUGUUGAAUCUACCGGAAUGUUUUAUUGCAAACUGUGCUACACUAAGCGCACACUCCUGGAUAAAUUCAUUAAGCAUCUUUCGAGUAAAAAACAUCUCUCUCAAGAGGGGUGUAUUACUGAUCGUCGUCGACGUUCCAAGAAGCUGCGACUGUCCUGGCUCAGGGCAAGUUUUUUUUUCUUAAUGAUACCUUUAUAAUGAUUUUACCACAGACACCAAAAUUGUAUGCAUGCUAUUUCUCAGCAACUCUCAUGUUUUUCAUAUUGUAGAAGCAUCAUUUUCCAGAGACCAAGCAGUUGAAGAAUGCUCCUUAGUAGAGGAGUUAUGACUUAUAAUUUUCUUAAAAAAAUUGUAUAUAUUUUUGAA